AUGACGGACGUACGACAGACGCAUGACGGACGCAUGACGGACGUACGACAGACGCAUGACGGACGUAUGACGGACGUACGACAGAAGUAUGACGGACGUACAACAGACGCAUAUGACGGACGUAUGACGGCGUAUGACGGACGUACAACGGGCAUGACGGACACGCACGACGGACGUACGACGGACGUACGACAGACGCAUGACGGACGUAUGACGGACGUACGACGGACGCAUGACGGACGUACGACGGACGCAUGA